GCCACUUUAAAGCAGAGCUCGGGGUGACAGGCGAGCGAGCUGGAUCGGGAGUGCAGUCUCGGCUUUCUGCACUCCCGGUGUCGGAAUGGCCCGUGCGCUGCUUGUCUCGUCCCCGGCCUGCGACCCGUAGACGCCUAAGCCUGCCCUGCGCGCCGAUCCUCCUUUGCGGACGCUGCCAGCCAGCCGGCUGAGGCGUCUCGGCUGCUGCUGUCCGCUCUCUCCGGCUGCGCGAUCAGGAUUUUUAGACUCUGAGGAGCAAUUGGAGCUAAUCCACAUCAUGGAAAUGGAAACCACCGAACCUGAGCCAGACUGUGUAGUGCAGCCUCCCUCUCCUUCUGAUGAUUUUUCAUGCCAAAUGAGACUCUCUGAGAAGAUCACUCCAUUAAAGACUUGUUUUAAGAAAAAGGAACAGAAGAGAUUGGGAACCGGAACCUUGAGGUCUUUGCGGCCAAUUUUAAAUACUUUGCUAGAAUCUGGCUCACUUGAUGGCGUUUUUAGAUCUAGAAACCAGAGUGCAGAUGAGAGCAGCUUACAUGAACCUAUAGUGAAAAAACCCCUGGAAAUCAAUCCGCCAUGUCCAGCAGCAGAAAACAGUAUGUCUGUCCUGAUUCCUGAUGAGACAAAUGUUGGGGGCCAAAUACCAGAAGCUCAUCCUUCCACUGAUACUCCAGAACAGGUGGUUCCAAUCCAGGAUCACAGCUUUCCACCAGAAGCUAUCAGUGGGACGGUGGCAGAUUCUACAGCAGGGCACUUCCAGACUGACCUUUUGCACCCCGUUUCAAGUGAUGUUCCUGCUAGUCCUGACUGCAUAGACAAAGUCAUGGAUUACAUUCCAGGGGGUUUCCAGGACAACAAUUUUACAAUCCAGUACAUUUUGGACACCAGUGAUAAAUUGAGUACCGAGCUCUUUCAGGACAAAAGUGAAGAGGCUUCCCUUGACCUUGUGUUUGAACUGGUGAACCAGCUACAGUACCACACUCACCAAGAGAAUGGAAUUGAAAUUUGCAUGGACUUUUUGCAAGGCACUUGUAUUUAUGGCAGGGAUUGUUUGAAGCACCACACGGUCUUGCCAUAUCAUUGGCAGAUCAAGAGGACAACUACUCAAAAGUGGCAGAGUGUAUCCACUGAUUCCCAGGAGCACUUGGAAAGAUUUUACUGUAACCCAGAGAAUGAUAGAAUGAGAAUGAAGUAUGGAGGACAAGAAUUUGGGGCAGAUUUGAAUGCCAUGAAUGUGUAUGAAACAACUGAAUUUGACCAACUACGAAGGCUGUCCACACCACCCUCUAGCAGUGUAAAUUCUAUUUAUCACACAGUUUGGAAGUUCUUCUGUAGGGACCACUUUGGAUGGAGAGAGUAUCCUGAGUCUGUUAUUCGAUUGAUUGAAGAAGCCAACUCUAGGGGUCUGAAAGAGGUCCGAUUUAUGAUGUGGAACAACCACUACAUCCUCCAUAACUCCUUCUUCAGGAGAGAAAUAAAAAGGAGACCCCUUUUCCGCUCCUGUUUUAUACUGCUGCCAUAUUUACAGACACUUGGUGGUGUUCCCACACAGGCUCCUCCACCUCUUGAAGCAACCUCAUCGUCACAAAUUAUCUGCCCAGAUGGGGUCACCUCAGCAAACUUUUACCCUGAAACUUGGGUUUAUAUGCAUCCAUCUCAGGACUUCAUCCAAGUGCCUGUUUCUGUAGAUGACAAAAGUUAUCGAAUCAUUUAUAAUCUUUUUCAUAAGACUGUGCCUGAGUUUAAAUAUAGAAUUUUACAAAUAUUGAGAGUCCAAAACCAGUUUCUUUGGGAGAAAUAUAAAAGGAAAAAGGAAUAUAUGAACAGGAAAAUGUUUGGCCGUGACAGAAUAAUAAAUGAGAGACAUUUAUUUCAUGGAACAUCUCAGGAUGUGGUAGAUGGAAUUUGCAAGCACAACUUUGACCCUCGAGUCUGUGGAAAGCAUGCUACAAUGUUUGGACAAGGCAGUUACUUUGCAAAGAAGGCAAGCUACUCUCAUAACUUUUCUAAGAAGUCCUCCAAAGGAGUCCAUUUCAUGUUUCUGGCCAAAGUGCUAACUGGCAGAUACACGAUGGGAAGUCAUGGCAUGAGACGGCCCCCUCCUGUCAAUCCUGGCAGUGUCACCAGCGACCUGUAUGACUCUUGUGUGGAUAAUUUCUUUGAGCCUCAGAUUUUUGUCAUUUUUAAUGAUGACCAGAGUUACCCUUAUUUUGUUAUCCAAUAUGAAGAAGUCAGUAACACUGUUUCCAUUUGAAAAAUCUUGGUACUGCUAAGUUAUUUGAUAUGUAUUCAAUCCAGCAUUUGUAGCAGGUUUUAGAUGGGUGGGACAGAGUGGGAACAGCAGUGGACAUUAGCACUUUUAAGAUCCCUUUUUUAAGUGCUAGAAACUGAAAUUUUUUUUAAAGAAAAACACAAGUUUUAAAAUGACCACUUAUUCUUUAAUUACUUACUAAUUGUUGUUAGUGUACUCAGUGUGGAAAAGACUACAGAUUGCAUACUCUUUUUAUUCACACUUGUACAUAUAGGCAGCAGCGGUAUUAGAAGCAGUUUUUUAAAAAAGACACUGAACCGCCUAACUAAUUAAAUGUGACUUAAGCCUGGUAGAAGUUUGGCCAAAUGAAAUGGAGGCUGUGAGCAAAGUGAGGAUUCUAUUUAUUUAUAAUGAUAAAACUGAUGGAGCUGAUACUACCAUACUUACUCCCUGUCCAAAGUAUCACUUGUGGUGUAGGAUAAAUUCACGAAAUUCUGGUGGGUGGAAAGAAAUUUUUUCUAUCAGCAGAACUGAAAUGUAUCACCCAACCAGAGAGCGAUGACUUUAACCGUUCUCCAGAGCUCCAGAGUUUGCUUGAGAAUUCAGAGGACGUAAAAAAAGAAAAGAAAAAGAAACCAUUUGAAAAAUUUUUGUCACCAGCAAAAUUUUUCACUAACUGGUUAUAUAAAACAUGAUUCUUAUGUUGUUAAACUUCAGCCUUAGAGAACUCAGUCUCUUCCAUGAUCAUCUACCCCAAUCUGAAGGAGUUGGGCAGCUAGUUUGGUUAAAGCCAGUCUUGAGGAUUAGUAGUAUUACUUUAUUUUAGAGUUCCAGACCUAGGCCCUGACUGAAGGUUUCAGAGAAAAGAAGUUACAUCUAUAACUGAAUUGAUAAGGUUUAUUAUAGUGCUUUGCAUAAGGUAGACUCUCAAAAGCGUUUAUAGGCUUGGAAAUGAUGUUAAAGGUGGUUGUCCCACCCCUGUGCCUGUUCUGCGGAUGCAGCUGGGUGCCCUGGCUGACUCUGUACUGUACACUACUUCAUAGAAACACAAACUGGGAAACUGUGCCUCGGGCCCAGCUGGAGCAGUGUUAGGUGUAUAUGCUAGUGCCUCGCUUCAGAGAGGUAGCAGCUAGGAAUGCUUUGCCUUAAGCGAAGCAAAUACCUGGAUUUACAGAAGUGGAAGUGGUUGUUCACAAAAGAAUUCGCCGUGGAAUUCUUUCAGAUACCAAGCUCUCCUAGUAUGUUUGUGGUUAUUUCAUUUACACAAAACUCUUCAGGAACUCCUGUGUUGUUUAAAACAAGACAUAUCUAUACUGAUGUCUCAGUGAAUCGGUCUGUUUAAGCACUUAUCAGGGCUUCCACACAAGUAUUUAUUUUGCCCUAGUUGAUCUUGUUGUUUGCUGCCAUUGGCAUGAAACAGCCAGCUGUGGCUGUUACAGUUCUUUCAUUCAAUUAUAACUUGUAAACCAGUGAUUCCCAAUCUUUUUCAAGUUAAGACACCUUACCAUUGCUUAUUUGAUUUUAUGAAACUUGUUCCUUUUUUUCUCCUUAAAGGAAAAUAAAGCUUUAUGACAUAUUUAUUUUUUUAAUAAAACUAAGCAAA